AUGGCUGGCCAGGUGUGUGUGGUAACCGGGGGUCGCGGUUUCGUCGGUCGCUGGCUAGUUCGCAAGCUGUUAGCGACGGGCGAAUGGAGCACGGUGCGAGUGGUGGACAUGGCCCCCGAGCUCCGGCUCACGGACGAUGAGGCUAACGGCGAGGGCGAGGCGGGGCUCGUGCGGGACUCGGCGCGCAGCGGACAGCUGGAGUACAUCUCCGGGAAUGUCUGCGAUCGGACGGCCAUGGUUAAAGCUUUCCAGGGCGCGUCGGCGGUGUUUCACAUGGCGUCGCCCAACCACGCCCUCACGGAUCUCGCUCCGCACUACACUGUCAACGUGCUCGGCACGAAGAACGUGAUCGCGGCAUGCCAGGAGGCCGGCGUGUGUCGUCUCAUCUUCACCAGCUCGGCCAGCGUGGCUACUAACGCGUAUGGCGAGACCAAGGCGCAGGCAGAGGCAAUAGCCCUAGCGGCAAACGGGCAGGGGGGGCUGCUGACGUGCGCCCUGCGCCCCAGCAACAACUUUGGGCCGGGAGACCCUGACCUCGUGCCCAUCACCGUUAAGAACGCUCAGAAGGGCAAACUCAAGUUCAUAGUAGGCGAUGGGGAGAACAUGUCAGAUUGGACGUAUGUGGAGAACGUGGUGCAUGCUCAUAUCUGUGCUGAGAAGGCUCUUAGCGAGUACAAGGGCGACCCCACCAGUGAUGACUCGCCAGCUGGCAAGGUUUCAAUCCCAUUUAUCCUUGCCGUGCCAUGCCCUUCCACUUCACCUUCUCUCCCCACCACUACUGCCCCUUGCUGCUCCCAUCCCACACCUCACUCUCCCAUUCCACCGCUUUCAACCCAUCGCAACCUUCUCGCAGGCGCCCAUCGCCAGGCUCCCAGCGGACAUUCUCAUUCCAGUGGCGGGGGGAGUAGAGGCCAUUACAAAGGCUCUGGCCCCUCUAGGCCCAUCGCCAAGCUCCCAGCAGACAUCUUGAUUCCACUGGCGGGGGGAGUAGAGGCCGUUACAAAGGCCCUAGCCCCUCUGGGUUUGCCCCCCUCUGAUUUCACUCCUGCCCGUCUGCUCCUUGCCACCCGCUGGAGAACCUUUUCACCUGCCCGGGCGGGCAGGCUGCUGGGCUACAAGCCGGUCGUUUCAGUUGAUGAAGGCCUGCAGCGCACAAUAGCGUCGUACCCACACCUGCAGCGCACCACCUAUGAGAAGGAGAAGGCAGCCGAGGCAGCAGCAGCGAGGGCAGCGUUCCGAGAGCACUCCUCCGUGCACAAAGCACUGGGAGGGGGCGUGGAGGGGUUGCAGCGCACGAUAGCGUCCUACCCGCACCUCCAGCGCAGCACAUAUGAGAAGGAGAAGGCAGCCGAGGCAGCAGCAGCGCGAGCAGCGUUCCGAGAGCGCUCCUCCGUGCACAAAGCAUUGGGAGGGGGCGUGGUGGCGGACCUGCUGCUGUGGCAGGACGCGAAGCUGUCUCUCCUCGCCAUGCUGCUCGCGUGGAUGGUGCUGCGUUGGGCGAUUGGGCGCGUGGGAGGAACGCCGGUGGUGUCUCUUGCUGCGACUGCUGCCAUGGGGUUCCUCCUGCAUGCUGCCGUGCUGCACCGCGUUGCGCCCAUCGCCAAGAGCCUGCCUCUACCUGACAUGGCGGCUGUUGAGUGGCGCAUUCCCGAGAAGCCAGUGGUGGACGCCAGCCAAUGGGUGGCUGCCACGUGGAAUGACUCUGUAGCUGCUCUGCAGGAGAAGCUGUUAGUGGAGAGGGACUGGGCCGCUGCUGGCAAGGUGGGUGGCGGUGGGGUAGAGGGGUAA